AUCUAAAGGCAAAAGUUUCACCCAACAUUAGGAGUCUGACCCAAGGUUAUUUGGUUUAAUAUUAGUAACAAGGUAAGCUUUAGUGAACAUUUUUUAAUAAAGCUUUUCUCUACUACCACAAUCUUAUUUGAGUCCCUUAGUCAGUCAGCAAGCAUGUUUGGAACAGUACCCAGUGCUUUGCAAGGGUUCAUGUUGCAGAACAGUCACUUAUGGGUAUUUAUAGUUAGAAAUACUUGACCAGUCUCCAGGGGUGAGGUUCCUCCAGCCCUUUAAACAACGCUGUUGUUGCCUGUUACCCAGCUAACUUUUUGUCCUAAGCACCCGAAUUAACUGUGGUAGGACCAUCUUUCGCUGAGAAAGAAAUACAAUGGCACACAAUGCAUCUGCCUCAAGUGCCGAUAAAGCGCACCAGAAUCGCCUGUCAGCUGCUUCAGAAGAUGAAGACCAAGACGCUGCCCUCACCAUUGUGACUGUCCUGGACAGGGUGGCCGCCAUUGUGGACAGUGUGCAGGCCAGCCAGAAGAGAAUCGAAGAGAGACACAGGGAAAUGGGAAAUGCCAUCAAAUCUGUCCAGAUUGACCUGUUGAAGUUCUCACAGUCCCACAGCAAUACAAGCUACGUUGUCAACAAAUUGUUCGAAAAAACCAGAAAAAUCAGCGCUCACAUUAGAGACGUGCGGGCCCGGGUGGAGAAGCAACAAAUUCAUGUGAAAAAGGUUGAGACGAGGCAAGAGGAAAUAAUGAAGAAAAACAAAUUCCGUGUGGUCAUAUUCCAGGAGAAGAUUCCAUGCCCAACAUCCUUGUCUGUUGUAAAAGAUAAAAGUGUUACUGAAGAGCAUGAGGAAGAGGAGGAGGAGAUCUAUGAGCCUCCAAUAGAGCUGUCUUCAGAUGAAGAAUAUUAUGUUGAAGAAAGCAGAUCUGACAAGCUUAGAAAGUCAGGCAAGGAGCACAUCGAUAAUAUCAAAAAGGCAUUUUCCAAGGAAAGCAUGCAAAAGACACGGCAGGAUUUUGACAAGAGAGUGAACCGGAUCAGAACUAGAAUAGUGACCCCAGAGAGGAGGGAACGGCUGCGGCAGUCCGGGGAGCGGCUGAGGCAGUCCGGGGAGAGGCUGAGGCAGUCUGGGGAGGAGAGGCUGAAGCAGUCAGGGCAGAGGCUGAAGCAGUCCGGGGAGCGACUGAAGCAGUCGGGGGAGAGAUUUAAGAAGUCUAUUUCCAGUGCGGCUCCCUCAAGGGACACCUUUAAGAUGCGCAGCCGUCGCAAAGCUAAAGAGAACACAGUGGCAGAAGGGCCUGUGGAGGUCGGGGAGAUGGGUGUGGACAUCAUGUCUGGGAGCGAGUCUCUGGGCCCCAAUGGUGAGUUCCCCAAGGAGCGGCAGCUCAGGGAGACAGAUAGGGAGACAGAUGGAGAGGAGACCCGGGCAGAGCGCCCCCGCCAGGAAGGAGGGGAAAUCCCCACCCCAGAGCCCUUAAAAGUGACUUUCAAACCUCAGGUGCAAGUAGAGGAUGAUGAAUCUCUUUUGCUAGAUUUAAAGCAAUCAUCAUAAAGAAGAAUGGAGUAUAACGACAGAGCUCCUUAAUUAUUAUAGUUUGAGGUUACGUAGCAUGGACAUUUACAUUUAUAUGCCAAUGGGAAAACGUAAAUGGUCUAGUGACUUCGCAAACAGAAACAUUCUCCUGUGCUUCCUUGGGAAUUUUUUUCCUCCUCCCUUGGGUUUUUAGUGAUCUAGCAGCUUGCUAACAUUUUU